AUGGGAGGGAGGUGCUGGUCUGCAAAUAACAGUGCAAGGCACCUCUGGACAUCCCGGGCAGAGAGGAGAGCGCAACGGCAACUACAGAGCAUGCGUCCGGGGGCGCGGCAGGUUGGUGCUCCGCGCGGGCAAGACAGAUCAUCAGGUACAAGGCCAGCGACAGCGGGGUAG